GAAUUACUGAGCAUUUCCUCAUUUGCUGUAAGUUCACUCACACAGGUCAUGUAGCUGUCUGUACAGCAGCAUCUGUCUGGAUACUGAAUCACUGCUGGACAUGGAGCACUUUAUCCAAUACUGAAUCAUCACUAAAGGCAAAUAUGGAGGAGAGCGUUGAUGUCAAGGCUCUCAGGGCCCGGUUCAACAGCAAGGCCAGCACCUCGGACAACAGCAGCCGAGACAGCGGCUCCCCGAAAUCUCCACGACCCGGGUUUGGGAGAGUGAUCCCGCCGGUGACAGAGAACGAUCUAGUCCAUCAUAGACUGUCUCCUGUUGCUCUUCCUCCUUUGACGGGACCGGGCCUGGUGAGGUUCCCAAGGACAGAGCCAAUGGCCACUUCCAUCCCUCCCAGACCUCCUUUCCCUCGACCGCCUCCCAGUUCUGGAGUCAGAGCACCCUUCCAGCCGGCAGACACCACCAAGGUCAAGCAGACGGGGCAGUUGCUACAGAACAUGAUGCUGGGGCACCAGAGGCCUCCGGGUGUGAAACCACUCCUGAGUCCAGCUCCAGCUCCAGCUCCAGCCCCUGCACCACCUCCCACCUCCACCCCUCUACCGCUCCGACAGCAGCCCAGACAGAGGGAGUGCAGGGGAAGUGACCCCGCUGAGGAGGCCACUGCCCCCUGCAGGACCUUUGCCCUUGAAGCCAAAACGGCCUCCAAACGUCAACCUGGAGCCCUUUAAGAGGUUCAACAGGGGACCUGCCCUUCCUGCCCCAAGGAAAAGUGAUACAGGUUCCCCAGUUUCAACAGGUAGAAAAAUGUCUACACCAGGAGGCAUCAGUCCUCCAAAACCGCCACAACGAUCCAACAAACCAAGCAGGCUGCCGCGCCAGAUCGCCUC